AUGGGAAUAAAACAACCUGGCCACAAGAAAAUGGCACCAUCAUCAUACCAUUCCCAACACAUGGCCAGGACGAAUAUGUGCUGUACCACGACCACCUUAAUUAUUCACACCACCAUUGUCCAUAUUUUAACGAACAGUAAUUUAAUGAAAAUUUUAUUAUUAUUAUUAACAAUAUCACAAUUACCACAAUUAAUACGUGCAGAGUACGUGCAUAACUUAGAAAUAUCGGAAAAUGUACCGAUUGGUACACGUAUUGGUUUCAUUGGUGAUGGCGUAAACACUCAAGAUAGCGGACCACCAUAUUUAAUUGUACCAGUACCCGGAAGUGCCGUGGAUUCGGAUUUACUAAUUGAUUCAAGUACGGGAGAAAUUCGUACAAAAGUACAAUUGGAUCGUGAAUCAAGGCCAUCGUACUCAUUGGUAGCAAUACCAAUUAGUGGUGCUAAUGUACGUGUUAUUGUUAAUGUUCUUGAUGAAAAUGAUAAUGCUCCCACUUUUCCUACAUCGGUUAUGUAUAUCGAAUUCCCGGAAAAUACACCACGCGAUGUUAAACGGACAUUACAUCCAGCAAAAGAUCCAGAUUUAGAACCGUAUAAUACACAAAAAUAUAACAUUUUAUCGGGUAACGUGAAUAAUGCAUUUCGGUUGUCAUCACAUCGGGAACGUGAUGGAGUGCUUUAUCUAGAUUUACAGAUAAACGGAUUUUUAGAUCGGGAAACAAUUGAUUCGUAUAGUUUAGUGAUUGAAGCAUUAGACGGUGGCAUACCACCCUUGCGCGGUGAAAUGACUGUAAACAUAACCAUUCAAGACAUUAACGAUAACCAACCGAUUUUUAAUCAAAGUCGAUACUUUGCAACGAUUCCAGAAAAUAGUACAGUUGGAACAAGUGUUUUACAAGUAUUUGCAACAGAUAUUGAUUCUGGUGAUAAUGGCUAUAUUGAAUACUCAAUAAAUCGACGACAAAGUGAUCGAGAUAAUAUGUUUAAAAUAGACCCAGCAACAGGGUUAAUAACUGUUAACAAACCGUUAGAUUUUGAAACUAAAGAGCUGCAUGAAUUGGUAAUCGUUGCAAAAGAUCAUGGUUUACAACCAUUGGAAACAACAGCAUUCGUUUCGAUACGGGUCACUGAUGUUAACGACAAUCAACCAACGAUUAAUGUCAUAUUUUUAAGUGAUGAUGCGACACCAAAAAUAUCAGAAUCCGCACAACCUGGAGAAUUUGUUGCACGUAUAUCAGUUAAUGACCCUGAUUCAAAAACAGAGUAUUCUAAUAUAAAUGUGACACUCUUAGGUGGGGAAGGACAUUUCGGUUUAACAACGCGUGAUAAUAUUAUUUAUUUAAUGAUUGUUUCCCUACCGCUGGAUCGAGAGCUGCAACCAAAUUAUACGUUAAGUGUUGUGGCAACUGAUACUGGAACUCCUCCGUUACAUGCAUCACGGACAAUUCAUCUUCAAGUUACAGAUAUUAACGAUAAUGCGCCAGAAUUCGAUCAACAAGAAUAUCAUGCUAAUGUUAUGGAAGUAUCUGAUCCGGGAACAUCAGUGAUACAAGUGAAUGCGAUUGAUCGUGAUGAAGGGAAUAAUUCUGCAUUGAUUUAUUCGUUGCUUGAUACACCUGAUUCACAUUCCUCUUGGUUUCAAAUUGAUCCGCGUACUGGAUUGAUUACGACGCGUGCGCAUGUUGAUUGUGAAACAGAUCCUGUGCCACAAUUAACUGUCAUUGCAACUGAUAGUGGUUAUCCGCCUUUGUCAUCAUCGGCAACAGUGUUUGUGACAAUACAUGAUGUGAAUGAUAAUGAACCGAUAUUUGAUCAAAGUUUUUAUAAUGUAUCAGUACUGGAAAAUGAGCCGAAAGGACGCUGUUUUUUAAAGGUCUCUGCUACUGAUCCAGAUUGUGGUGUCAAUGCAAUGGUAAAUUAUACACUUGGUGAACAGUUUGGCCGCUUACAUGAAUUUAUUGUACGAUCUGGUACGGGAGAAGUAUGUAUUGCUGCUGAAUUGGAUUUUGAAACUCGUGCCAAUUAUGAAUUUCCAAUAAUUGCUACGGAUAGAGGUGGAUUAAGCACAACAGCUAUGGUGAAAAUUCAAUUAACGGAUGUCAAUGACAAUCGACCAAUAUUUUAUCCACGCGAGUAUAACGUUUCGUUACGUGAAGGUGGUGUAAGCUCAUCCGCCACUAAUCCCGUAGUAGUUGUUGUUGCCACAGAUGCCGAUUCUGGACGAUUUGGUCAAGUGCAAUAUCGUAUUGUUAGUGGAAACGAAGCAAAUUUAUUUCGUAUUGAACGUAACACCGGUGAAAUAUUUGUGAGUCGACCAUCGUUAUUAUCUACACGAACACAACCAUACCAUCAUCUAAAUAUAUCCGCGACAGAUGGUGCUGGUUUACGUGCAAUUAGUGAUGCUGAAGUGUUUAUUAGUGUUAUCGAUUCGGCCCAACGGCCUCCGAUAUUUGAAAAAUCACGAUAUACGUAUCAAAUAAAAGAAGAUGCUAAAUUAAAUACAAUUGUGGGAAGUGUUAAGGCAACAAGCACGGAUUCAGGUCUUCGUGGCUCAGUACGUUAUUCUAUUUACUCCGGUGAUCCAGAUGGUUAUUUUUCUAUUGACCCAGAAUCAGGUAUUUUACGAACAGCAUCAAAAUUAGAUCACGAAACACAUGCAUCAGUUCUAUUAAAUGUACAAGCGAUGAGUGGAGAACCACCAGCCUAUGGUCAUACUCAAGUCAAUAUCGUGAUAGAAGAUGUCAAUGAUAAUUCACCAGAAUUUGAAUCGAAUACUGUACGAAUAUCAGUACCAGAAAAUGUUGAAAUUGGUGGUUUAAUAUAUGCUGCACAUGCACAUGAUCGUGACUCUGGACAUAAUGGUUUAGUACGAUAUCGUAUUGCGUCCAGUGGUACAGCUUCAAAUAACAUCUUUGCAAUUGAUGCACAAAGUGGUCAUUUAACAUUAACACGACAUUUAGAUUAUGAAUCUUCACAACGACAUAGUUUAAUUAUUACGGCUACAGAUAUGGGUACACCAGCCUUAUCAGCGAAUUUAUCAGUGUUGGUGGAAGUACAAGACGUUAAUGAUAAUCCACCAACAUUUGAACGCAACGAAUAUUCUGUAAAAAUUUUGGAAUCGUUACCAAUUAAUUCACAGAUUUUACAAGUAACGGCAGUUGAUUUGGAUACCGGUAACAAUGCACGUUUAACAUAUCGUUUAAUUAUAGAAAAUACAACAACGAAUCAAUACAUUCAUGAUAAUGAUUUAUUUGGUAUAUUUCCAAAUAGUGGUCUACUAUAUUUAAAAGAUAAUUUAGAUCGUGAGACACGUGAUCGCUAUGAUUUAACAAUCGCUGCAAUGGAUAAUGGUACACCAUCAUUAACAGCUACCACACAUGUUAUAAUCAUUGUGCUGGAUGCAAAUGAUAAUGAUCCAAAAUUUUUACGUGACAAAUAUGAAUUUCAAAUUGAAGAAAAUCUACGUCGAGGUGCAUAUGUUGGUACAUUAACAGCAACGGAUGCUGAUAUGGGAAUGAAUGCGGUGAUACGAUUCACUUUAAUUCCAAGUAAUACAAGUUUUCAAGUAAACUCGGUUACUGGUGAAAUCGUCACACGUGAACCGUUAGAUCGUGAAGCUAAGGAAAUUUAUGAUUUAGUAGCUGAAGCACGUGAUCAAGGUACACCAGCGCGAAGUACAAGAGUUGCAGUUCGAGUUCAAGUUACGGAUGUCAACGAUAAUGCACCAGAAUUAGUUGAUCCACAAGAGGAUGUAGUAAGCGUGCGUGAAGAACAACCACCGAAUACAGAAGUUGUACGAAUACGUGCAAUUGAUCGUGAUAAUGGUUAUAAUGCAUCUGUGACCUAUUCUAUUCUAAAAGGUCGUGAUUCUGAUGGUUAUGGUAUAUUUACUAUUGAUCCAGUCUCUGGUGUUAUUCGUACAAGAACUGUGUUAGAUCAUGAAGAACGUGCUAUCUAUCGUUUAGCUGUAGCUGCUACCGAUAAUGGAAAACCACCAAAACAAACUGUACGAUUAUUACGUGUAGAAGUUUUGGAUUUAAAUGAUAACCGUCCAACAUUUUCAAGUUCUAGUCUUGUUUUUCGGGUACGCGAAGAUGUUCCAGUUGGUUUUAUUGUUGGAUCCGUUGCAACAAAUGAUCCAUCAUCAGAAAAUAAUAUUGUUCAAGGAAAUGGUAAUCACAUAACCUAUUCGUUAACAUCAUUAUCAACGGAUAAAAUAGCGGAUGCAUUUGAUAUGGAUCGAAAUACUGGCUCAUUAGUUGUGGCACGUCAAUUAGAUCGUGAAACACAAUCGGAGUAUCAAUUGGAAAUACGUGCUUUAGAUACAAGUGCAAUGAAUAAUCCACAAAGUUCAGCUGUGACAGUACGUGUUGAUAUUGAUGACGUAAAUGAUAAUGCACCAAAAUGGCGGCAAGAUCCCAUUGUUAUUCCAAUACCAGAAAAUACUCCUGUUGGUUCAUCAAUUUAUAAUUUCACAGCAACUGAUGCUGAUAGUGGAUCAAAUGGCGAUAUACGAUAUGCAUUAGAGAAACAAUAUCCAAACGAUACAGCAACAUUUGCUGUGGAUCCAUUAGUUGGAACAUUAACACUAUUAGCACCAUUGGAUUAUGAAACAUUAGCAGAAUAUACCUUAAUUGUAAUUGCAAUGGAUCAAUCAACAAAUGUAACAGAACGCUUAUCUACAUCUAUGACAGCGCGGCUAGUGAUUACCGACUCAAAUGAUAAUGUGCCAAAAUUUGUGCUACCACCUACCAAAAAUUUAAUAAUUAGUGAUAGUGUGACAGUAGGGAUGACAUUGUGUUAUGUGAUUGCUGUGGAUUAUGAUUCGGGUGAUAAUGGUCGUGUGACGUAUGUUAUUACAAGUGGCAAUGAGGAUUCAAAAUUUGCUUUGGAUUAUGACACGGGCAUGUUAACAUUAAGUCGCUCUUUAAUGAAUAUUGCAACACAUGGAUCCUCAACAAUAGAUCGUACAAGUUUUGAGCUCAAUAUUACAGCGAGUGAUCAUGGUAUUCCAAUACCGAAACAUUCGAAUAUGGUGUUAAAAAUUAUUGUGCAAGAUUCCAAAGUGAAUCCUCCUCGAUUUACUAGUCCAGUUUAUAAUGCGAAUAUUUCUGAAGAUGCCCCACUUGGUAGUUUUGUGGUUAAGGUUAUAGCAAAAUCAUCUUUACCAAAUGGUGGAAAUUUAACAUACGAAAUACCAUCAGGAAUUGCUAAUGAUCGCUUUUCAAUGGAUCCCGUACGAGGUAUUGUUUCAACUAAGUCAAUAUUAGAUCGUGAAAUACAAGACCAAUAUACUAUUCCAAUUUAUGUAAUUGACAAUGGAUUAAUGACACAAAGUUCUGGAUCCUCAGCGAAAAAUUCUGGCAAUAGUGAAAAUUCACAGUUUGAUGUUGCUACACUAGUUGUUACGAUCACUGAUGUGAAUGAUCAUGCACCAGAAUUUAAACCAGGAGCAUGUUAUCCAUUAUCAGUUCCUGAAAACAGUGAAACAUCUGUUAUACAUACUGUGGUUGCUACUGACAUGGAUAUUGGACCAAAUGCAGAUAUUAGUUACACAAUUACAGGUGGGAAUACUGGUAACAAGUUUUCAAUAAAUCCACAAACCGGUGAAUUAAGUGCUCGCCCCCUGGAUCGUGAAACACACAGUCGUUAUUGGUUAACAAUUAUGGCACAAGAUCAUGGCUCACCUAUCUUUUUACAAGGUUCAUGCAAUAUUUCCAUCCAUGUUGAAGAUCAAAAUGACAACGAUCCAAUGUUUGACCGGAGUCGAUAUACAGCUACAAUUCCAGAAGAUAUUACAAUUGACAGUUCCAUAUUGACUGUUCAUGCAUCGGAUAUUGAUAUUGGUGUAAAUGCACGAAUUAUAUAUUCCUUGGCGAAUGAAACAGAUUGGUUGUUUCGAAUUGAUAAUAAAACUGGGAUUAUCACAACAGCUGGAUCAUUCGAUCGUGAAAAGAAAAGCAGUUAUAAUUUCUAUAUCGUUGCAACAGACGGCGGUCGUUAUAAUGCGCGAUCCCAAAAAGUUCCAAUCGAAAUAGUCAUAACUGAUGUGAAUGAUAACCGUCCUACAUUUAUUGAAUAUCCAUUUCGUAAACAAAUUCCUGCAUAUACACAACCUGGUCAAACAUUAAUCAAAGUAUUUGCCACGGACGCCGAUGAAGGGAUUAACGCUGAAAUUCUGUAUACAUUAUCGAAUGAAGAUGUCAAUUCAAAAUUUCGUAUCAAUCCAAAUACUGGUAUUUUAACCGCAUCCAGAAGUUUAGCAAAUGAAAAUGGAAAAAUUAUACGAAUUGAAGUUGUAGCCCGUGAUAAAGGAAAUCCUCCACAGUCGUCAAUAGGACUUAUCGAACUGACAAUUGGUGAUAUACCAGAAAAUAUUCCAACAUUACGUUUUCAAAAUACCAGUUACAAUGUUAGUCUGUUAGAGAAUUCAUAUACGGGUAAAGAAGUGGUUAAAGUAUCAGCUGUUCGAUCCGAUGGUCGUAAACAAAAUACGCUAUAUAAAUUGGGUACUGGAAAUGAAGAUAAUGUAUUUGAAAUUAACGGCGAAACUGGUGUAAUUCGUGUAAAAAAUUCAAAAUUAUUAGAUUAUGAAUACAAAAGCAAAAUGAAAUUAACGGUAGUAGCUCAAUCCGAUGGUAAUCCACAAAUAUUUGGAUACGCAGAAGUUCUAGUGAAUUUAAUUGAUGAAAAUGAUAAUUCACCUCGAUUUACACAACAACAAUAUAAUUCCGCUGUAUGGGAGGGUAAAAGUAAGGGUACAUUUGUGAUACAAGUUGUUGCAUCAGAUGCUGAUCAAGGAUCGAAUUCUAAAUUGUUGUAUCAUAUUGUUGAUGGAAAUCAUGACAAUGCAUUUAUUAUUGAACCAGCAUUCAGUGGUAUUGUUAAAACUAAUAUUGUAUUGGAUCGUGAAAUACGUGAUACAUAUCGUUUAACAGUUAUUGCAACGGAUGAGGGUGUGCCACAAAUGACUGGAACAACAACAAUACGAAUUAAUAUUGUGGAUGUUAAUGAUAAUCGUCCAACAUUUCCACCCCACAGUAUUAUUACAAUCAGUGAAGGUACAGAAGUUGGAACAGUUUUAACAUCGGUGACAGCGAAUGAUGUGGAUACAAAUCCAACAUUAACGUACGCAUUUGCUAAUAAUGUGGAUAAUGAUGCAAAAUCAUUAUUUACAAUCGAUCGUUAUAGUGGCAAAAUAAUAUUACGACGUCAUUUAGAUUAUGAGACACGUCAAGAAUAUAGUUUACGUGUAACUGCAUCAGAUACUGCCCAUUUGGCCAAUACAACAUUAACAAUACGUGUGACAGACAUGAAUGACAAUGCACCUGUAUUUCAACAACCAGCAUAUCAUGCAAUUUUACCAGAAGAUGUAUUCAAUUCAAAUAUUGAAGUAUUAAUUGUGAAUGCAACGGAUGCUGAUAGCGAGGAAAAUGCACAAGUCAAAUAUUCAUUAUUAAAACCAACACCUGGUUUCUUCGUUGAUCCAAUAUCUGGUGCUGUAUUUUUCAAUCAUAGUUUCAUUAAUACCGGUUUUAGCCAAGAAAUACAAUUGAUUAUCGUCGCUACGGAUUCUGGUAAACCACCAUUAAGUUCUCUAGCGCCAGUUCGAAUCCAAGUCAAUUCUGCGGCAAGAUCCGGCUCAAACACAUCAAGAAACAAUAUAAUAGUAAAAAUGAAUGAAAGUGCAAAACGUGGAUCAAUUGUAACACGGCUAGGUGCAAGUAAUAAUCGCGACGCAAAUCAAAAUUAUUAUAUUGUUGAUGGAAAUGAAGAUGGAAUAUUUGAAAUAGGAAAUCCUGGUGGUGUCAUUAUUUUAAUGAAGUCAUUAGAUCGUGAAACUCAGGAUUCAUAUUCCUUGCGCGUGGUCUCUGAUGAUAGAACAUGGGUCCGACAUCAUGAAACAAAUGUUACCGGUAUUCUAGUUUAUGUAAAUGUUGAAGAUGCAAAUGACAACGCUCCAGUCUUUCAAAAAUCAAAUUAUGAUACCACAAUUAGUGAGAAUAUUUCCAUUGGUUCGUCAAUUGUUCAAGUAACAGCAACUGAUAAUGAUUUAGAAGGACAUAGAAAUUCAGAUGUGAUUUAUGAUAUUACAUCUGGGAAUGAUUUUUAUUUGUUUCGAAUUGAUCCAAAUACCGGAAUUAUUUACGUCAAUCAAAGUUUAGAUUAUGACACGGGAAUGUAUUAUAAUACUUUAAUUGUUCGAGCUUGCGAUAAUGGAGAAACUCCAUUAUGUACACUAGCACCUGUAGCAAUUAAUUUAGAGGACGAAAAUGAUAAUACACCACAUUUCCCGGUCACUGAGUAUUUAGAAUUUGUUGGUGAGAAUGAACCCAUUGGUACAAUAAUAUUUACUGCACGUGCCACAGACUUAGAUAAAGGCAAAUAUGGAAUAUUAAAUUAUACAAUUGAAUCCGCUGGUGGUUACUCAGACAUUGAUGAAGCAUGGAAACAAUUUAAGGUCGAUCCACUAACGGGUGUUGUGGUCACGAAUACAGUUUUCGAUUAUGAACAAAAGAAUCGUUACACUUUUGCCUUAAAAGCAACUGAUAUUGGUGGAAAAAGUGCAACUGCUCGUGUACGGAUUGAAAUUGAUAGUCGUGAUGAAUUCCAUCCACAAUUUACAGAAAGAACGUAUCAUUUUACUUUGGCAACUUCACCUAAUGGAAAUUUACCUGUUGGAUAUAUUGUAGGACAUGUUACUGCAACCGAUAGAGACAAAGGUCCCGAUGGCAGAGUCGUUUAUCAAUUAACUACACAGCACCCAUAUUUUAAAAUGAAUCGUACCACAGGUGCUGUUAUGAUCAAGAAAAAAUUAGAUAAUGCUGGAGCUACUUUAGAAGCAGGGCGUGAUAUCAGCUUAGUAAUAACUGCAAGCUCUGGCCGGCAAGGAUCUUUAACAAAUAUGACUGUUGUAGAAAUUGUUUUAGAUCCUUUAGCAGAACCUGGUACAAAUAUUGCUAUACAUGGAAACAAUACUACUGUUUCAGCAGCCGGAGGUGGUAUUGCUGAUUGGGCAGUGGGUCUUUUAAUUUCUUUGAUUAUUAUUGUGCUUACAUUUGGAGCCGUUUUUCUUUUCCUCCACAUGAGAAAUAGACGACAUAAAAAAGUAAAUAAACCAAAUUUAAAUGCUGACAAUGUUGCCAAUGCAAAUAAUUACGUAGAUCCAAGUGCAUUUGAUACAAUACCGGUUCGUGGUGGUGGAAGCGUUGUUGUUAAUCCAGGAAAUCAAUUUGCACCACCAAAAUAUGACGAAAUACCCCCAUAUGGGGCAGCACAUCCUGCUAGUUCUAAUUCUGGAGCUCCAACAACUUCUGAAUUAUCUGGCUCUGAACAAUCAGGUUCUAGUGGCCGAGGUUCUGCCGAAGAUGAUGGUGAAGAUGAAGAAAUUAGAAUGAUCAAUGAAGGUCCAUUACAAAGAGAUUCAGGUAUUCAUAGACAAAAUGACGAUGAUGAUGAUAAUAUAUCAGAUGUGUCAGUUCAUAAUACACAAGAAUAUUUAGCACGGUUAGGUAUUGUUGAUACUACUGCCACAUCAAGUGCAUCAACUACAGCAGCAAGGUUAUGCUCAGAAGCAUUAGGUUCAGCUACAACAAAAGAAACACUAAUGCAUCAUCAAAUACCAAUGGACUCAUUAAGAAUAUUUGAUGAAGAAGGUACUGCAGAUCCAGAUUUAACAAAUCUUAUAUAUGCAAAAUUAAAUGAUGUAAAUGGUAGCGAUCAUGCUAGUUCCACAGAUGAAGGAGGCGCUGCUAGUGCGGUAAGCCUUGGAAAUGGUAUUGAUCAUGUUAUGAUGAGUACAUUAACAGAUGUACCAGGUGUUUCUGGCACGCACCAUCAACCAUCUAUGAAUGGAUCAUUAAGUUCGAUAGUUCAUAGUGAGGAAGAACUUACUGGUAGUUAUAAUUGGGAUUAUUUAUUAGAUUGGGGACCUCAAUAUCAACCAUUAGCGCACGUUUUCUCUGAAAUAGCAAGACUUAAAGAUGAUACUGGGUCCGUUGAAAGUGCAAAUAGUGGUACAUCUAGUAUUAAAAGUAAAAAUUCAUCCGUUCAUCCACCUGUAAUUAAAAACAUUCCCCCACCACCCCAUUUAACAAAUGUUGCACCACGUUCAAUACCAAUGCCAAUUUUAUCAUCGCGUGCAACAGCAACCGGUUCAACUUCAUCAUCUAGUCAUCAUACAAACACUAUGUCGGGAGGAAGUGUUGCAGGUAGUGGGCAUGGUCAAAUGUUAUUAAUGCCACGUUCACCAAUUAGUCACGAUGCAUCUGGCACGGGGUUCAGUACAUCAACUGCCAUGUCACCUAGUUUUUCACCAUCUUUGUCUCCAUUGGCGACAAAAUCACCAUCAAUAUCACCAUUAGUAACACCAGGUUUACCAACUGCUCAUCAUGUAGUUUCAUUACCAAGGCAGCAAGGGCAAAGUCGAGGGAAAACGUCAAUUGACACAGAACUUCGAAUUUAAAUCGUGUAUAUGUAUUUAGUAAAAUAAUUCCAAAUAAACUCGUGUGUUUCUUUGGUAUUUCGAAACUUUUAAAAAGAGACAUUUAUUUAUUUAAUUUUAGAA